AUGCCCGUCCCACCACAAGCCCAAAAAGUAUUGGAUGACAUCGACAAGCAACUUCAUGAGCCAAGCACAGUCACCAAUGUGUUGGCUACCGUAGAAAGCAAGACUGGUGUCAAGCGUCUUCACCUCGUACUCGGAGUCGUCGCCCUCCAAGCCUUGUACCUCGUAUUCGGACACUCUGCUCAGCUUGUCUGCAACAUCAUGGGAUUCGUCUACCCAGCAUACAUGAGGUUAGGAAUGAAAAUGCUUAACAGGCUUGAAGAGCAGAAGAAGAUGAAGAAGAUGGGGACAAAGAGUCAAUAG